AUGGUAUAUCGAUCUAACACAGGACACGCUAUUUCAAAUCCAGAUUUAGUGAAACCUUUACAUAUGCAUAGCACCACACCAGAGAAAAGACGAUCGUCUAUUAAGAAUGCAUUGUCAUCGCUAUUAACUACCAACACUAGUACCAACACUAGUACCACCACCACCACCACCACGACUGCUACUAAUACAUCACCACGAAAGAAGAAAACAAACCCACCAAUACAACGAAAUACCGCCCAUGGUAGUAACAGACGACAUAGUACUAAUUCGAUUCAACCGCCGUCUGCCCAGUCAAUCCGCUCUAAUAGCAACAACGCAUCGACGACGACGGCGACAAGAAGAAGAAACAACAGCCACCACAUGGACAGCCGCAACCGGGAUGCCACCAGCAUAAUAUUCGACAACAAGCGGUACGUGAACCAAUACCUGCUGAGCCGUGGGUUUGUUAGCAAAAAGACCAUCAUCAAUAAGAAAUCCGCUAAUAAUAAUUUUGUGGUCACGAUGGCCACCACCGGGAACACGAUUUUCUUGCCGACGAGUUCUCCAACAGACGACGAAUACUUGGCCCGGUUGAAUGGAUUAAGACCGGAAGACAGCGAAGAGUUUUUGUUUGACGACGACGACGACGACAACGAAACAAACGAGUUGAGGACAAUGAACCCGGAACAACGGCAAGCGGAUACCCACACAGCGCCACCACCACCACCACCACCAGAAGAACAGGCGACGCCACCGAGAAGUAGCUGCAACACGGCCGCCUCGGCGGCUACUGCAGAACAGCCAAUGGACACCGAGAACAGCAGUCGGGUCCCCUUCAGCACGGCGAUAGUCAUCUCCUCCGACACCCCGCUGCCGUUUGCGUCGUUCAUCGUCGAGCUAGCCGCCAAGGUCAAGGUGUUCUGGAACAAUGGGGUCCCACCGACAAAAUCGUUCAACGAGGAGUUUUACAAUGCGGGAGCGUUGCAGUGGUCACUGGACACGAGGAACUGCACGCUGUUUGUCCCGAAAGAGGUGUCGGCGGCUAAUCAGAUCGUAGAGAAUAACUUGAAUAACUUGAACAGGAAACUGUUUCGUAAUACCGCAUCCUCUGGAAGAAACUAUUUGGAUAAAGAGAAGACUAAAGAAACUUUUUUACAGUUGUUGAAUGACUCGAUACCGUCGUCUAAGACAAAUCAUAUGUUGAAACCUGGUACAUACGUAUUCAUAUUGCCCGUUAUGUUUGCUAAUCACAUUCCAGAAACAAUGUAUUUCCCAUCUGCUAGAGUUAAUUAUAAGAUUAAAUUCGGUACGAAAUUGUUUUUACAAAAUGGUAUUACAAGUACCGCCAACGAUACAGGAUCGCAACUUUCUUUGAAUUCCUCAGCAUCAUCGACAAGAGGUACGGAAGCAGAACAGAAAUACCAAAAGAAAUCCACUUUUGGUUCUUCCUCAUCAUCAAACAAUAAAUCAUUGUUUAGUAUGAUGAAACAUGGUUUGCAGAAAUUACCACAUCAACAGAGAGGUUCCUCAUCUGAUCAUCAUUCUAACAACAACAACAGCACUAAUGGUGUUUGCAAUGGUGGCGUGGAUAUAUAUGCAGAGUAUCCUUUAAGAGUAGUGAGAACGCCUCCUCCGGUAUCUAUCUCCACUGCUAAUAAACCAAUAUACAUCAAUCGUGUUUGGACAGAUUCUUUAUCAUACGAAAUUUCAUUUCAACAGAAAUACGUCUCUUUGGGUAGUGAUUGUAAAUUAAGAUUGAAAUUGGCUCCAUUGACAAAAAAUAUUAGUAUCAAGAGAGUCAGAGUUAGCAUUAAUGAAAGAAUUACUUUUGUAUCUAAGAAUUACGAAUUUGAAUAUGAUCAAAUCGAUUUAGUAGCAAAGGACCCUUAUAAUCCUUAUUAUCUCGAUUUUCAAUCAAAGAGAAGAAAGGAAAGAAAUUUACCUCUAUUGGAAAUUAGAACAAAAGAUAAAGGUUCAAGGGCUUUAAGAGAAGAGAUUAUAGAAAAUAGUUGUCAUGAUAAUUUAUUAUCCUAUUCUUCUUUUCCUCAAGAUGAUGACAACAAUAAUAGUAAAAAAAAUCAUAAUAAAAAAUCGGAUCCUAUUGGUAUUACUGAAGAAAUUUGCAUAGACACAUCAUUACAUUUUCCAAAAUUUGAAGAUUUAGAUAGACAGAAAGCAAAAAUUAUUGCUCCUUAUGGAAUUGAUAUCUUUAAUACCGAAUUGAAUCCAGAGACGUCUCAAUCUACCUCGACAUCAACGUCUUCCAAUGGUGAUACUAAUGAAGGGAAUACAGAGUCUCAUAAAACAAGUAGCGUCAUGGGGUUUUUGGCAAAUCAUAAUCCAAUCACCGGUAAUAGUAACAAGAACUCAAAGAGACAGAAUAGUAACGGGAAACAAAUUGUCGAUAAAAGAUAUCAUAAGACAAAAAUUAAAAAUACUUCAGGUACAAAAAUAAAUACUCAUACAAGAUUGAAUAAACCAAAGAGAGGACUUUAUUUAGAUAGUUUGCAUUUCAGUAAUAUUCACGCAAGACAUAAAUUGGAAAUCAUGUUAAGGAUAAGUAAGCCAGAUCCGAUGGAUAGCACUAAAUUGAGACAUUAUGAAGUAUUGAUCGAUACUCCUAUUAUUAUUGUCUCUGAAUUAUGUAAUGCAGGUAAUAUGGAAUUACCAACUUAUCAUAUGGCUGUCAAUACAAACAAUAGUACUAAUCAUUCUAUUGGAAAUGCCUCGGGGAUCGUGGAAAAUAAUGUGGCGCCUCCUUCCUUCGAAGAAGCUAUAUCGGUACCGGGAUCUCCACUAGGUUCACCAAUGGGGUCACCAUUGGGCUCACCCAUUUCAUCACCUAUAGCAUCACCAAUGGUUUCUCCUAUCGGAUCUCCAGAUAUGAUUCCAGGAUAUGAUUCAGAUUUAUAUUCAAUACAACAAAUCAAUCUGUCUAGAGGAACAACAAUCAGAAGGCCACCAUCUGUUGGGUCUGAAAACAAUAAACACAUUAACAACAACAACAACACCAAUACCAAUACCAAUCCUGCUCCUACAAAUGAAAGGUACAGUAACAUUGAUAGGUUACUAACAUCACCAUCUCGAUCGGGAUCAAACUCUCCAGAGGCAUCAGAGGCCGGAUCAAUCUCAGGUUCGUCUUCUACCAAGGAUUCUCACGCAUUGUUCAAGAAGAACUACACUAUCAACACGGAUGCAGUGGUGGGACCAGCAGAACCACCAAACUAUGACGAUAUCAUCAAGGAAUGA